UUCAGGAACCCCAGCAUCCACUUAGGACGAUAGAGAAAUAUACAAUACAUUGUUAUGAGAUUAUUAUUACCUAUAUGUAUGCGAGGACCGGGCAGCCUGCUUCUCUGAGCACCGCCAGCAGAUGGCAGCAGCGCACCCUCCUCCCCUGGCUGCCGUGACCCGGCAGCGGCAGCAGCAGCAGCAGCACACCGCGCACACUGGGCAGCAGCAGCAACGUCUGGGAGUCCUGUGCUCCAGCGCGUUCUACUCGGUGCGUCCCGCUCCGGCCGCCGUAACUACGCCAACCCGGACAACGCGAUCGUCAAGCCCGCAGAAAAUGAAGCUAAAAGAAAUUGAACGAUCUGCGGUCCAGGCCUGGAGCCCAGCCAAACAACAUCCAAUUUACUUAGCAACAGGUACAUCUGCACAACAGCUGGAUGCAUCCUUCAACACCAAUGCGGCCCUUGAGAUAUUUGAGGUAGACUUUGGGGACUCUCAUCCAGACAUGAAAAGAAAAGGAGUCUACCCAGCAUCCAGCAGGUUUCACAAGGUAAUCUGGGGCAGUUUUGAAGGGGGGUUAUCUGGAACUUCUGGAGUGAUUGUAGGUGGAGGAGAUAAUGGAGAGAUAACACUAUACAGUGCCUCACAGAUUCUGGCAUCUGGGAAAGAUCCGGUUAUCACAAAGAAUGGAAAACAUACCGGUCCCGUACGUGCACUUGACUUAAACCCAUUUCAGAACAAUCUCCUGGCUUCUGGUGCCAAUGAUUCUGAAGUUUUCAUAUGGGACUUGAAUAAUUUUAAUGUGCCAAUGACCCCAGGAGCAAAAUCCCAGCCUGUAGAAGACAUCACCGCCAUUUCUUGGAACCAGCAAGUCCAGCACAUCUUAUCCUCUGCUCACCCUAGUGGUAAAGCUGUAGUAUGGGAUCUACGCAAGAAUGAGCCUGUAAUUAAAGUCAGUGAUCACAGCAACAGGAUGCACUGCUCAGGAAUGUUGUGGCACCCUGAUAUUGCCACUCAGCUUGUCCUCUCCUCCGAAGAUGACCGACUGCCAGUCAUUCAAGUUUGGGAUCUGCGUUUUGCCAGUUCCCCAUUGAAAAUGCUGGAGAAUCAUACAAGGGGCAUUCUGUCCAUUUCUUGGAGCAAAGAUGAUCCAGAAUUACUUCUCAGUAGUUCCAAAGACCACCGUAUACUAUGCUGGAACCCAAGCACAAGUGAGGUGGUGUAUGAGCUGCCAAUCAAUAACCAGUGGUGCUUUGAUGUCCAGUGGUGUCCACGUAACCCCUCAGUGCUAUCUGCUGCUUCUUUCGAUGGUUGGAUCAGUGUUUACUCGGUCAUGGGCGGUAGUCUGGAAGCUCAGCAGAGGAGCCAGGCUGACAUGAUAUCAUCCUCCUUUAACAAUUUAGAUCCUUUUGGAACUGGGCAACCUCUACCUCCUCUCCAAGUGCCACAGCAAGCUGCACAGACCACUGUUAUACCACCCUUAAAAAAGCCUCCUCGCUGGAUUCGAAGACCUGUUGGAGUGUCCUUUGCAUUUGGGGGAAAAUUGGUCUCAUUUGAUUGUCCCAAAGCAACUGUGCAGCCAACGCAGGAGCCUGCAUCCCGACAGGUCUAUAUCAGCCAGGUGACUACAGAAAAGGAAUUCCUAAUGCGAUCUAGUGAGCUACAAGCAGCUCUGCUGUCUGGCAAUCUCCAGGGUUACUGCCAGAAUAAAGUACAGAACUCUUCACAUGCCUUUGACAAGAAUAUUUGGAACUUCCUCAAGGUUAACUUUGAACAAGAUGCAAGGGAAAAGUUCUUAAAGUUGCUGGGAUAUAAUAAGGAAGAGCUGGAUAAGAAGAUCGCUACUGCCUUAGGGGAUAACUGGCAAAACAAAAAUAGCCCUUCGGAGGGAGAAGAUCUUGUACAGAGUAUCCAGUCUGUGUCUAGCCAGGUAGUUUCCAGUAGCUUCUCUGGACAAACUGUGUCGUCCUCCUCCUCCAUGGAGUUUUUUAACCUACCUCCACAGGACUCAGCCAAGUUUGAGAUCCCAGUAACAUCAGAUACAGAUGGCCUGAUAAGUCAAGCUCUCUUGAUGGGAAACUUUGAGGCAGCGGUGGACUUAUGUUUGAAGGAUGGGCGUUACGCUGAUGCCAUUAUAUUGGCUAAUGCUGGAGGGGAAGACCUAUUGAGAGAGACACAGCAGUGGUAUUUUGCUCACCAAAAAAACAAGAUUACAUCUCUUCUCUCUUCUGUAGUCCAGCACAAGUGGAGGGAUGUUGUUCUCAGCUGUAACCUGCAGAGCUGGAAAGAAGCGUUGGCUCUGCUGCUGACAUACUCCAGGCCAGAGGAAUAUGCUGAGCUUUGUGAUACCCUUGGAAGCCGGUUGGAGUCAGAAGGAGAUGGAAAGUUGUCUGCUCAGGCUUGCUUGUGCUACAUAUCUUCUGGGAAUGUGGACAUGUUGACAGAGUGCUGGGUCAGAACUCAUGAAACCUCUACUCCUCUUGCACUGCAGGACCUAGUGGAGAAAGCGAUGGUAUUGAGGAAGUCCAUUGAAUUACUGCGAGGGACAGAACUGCCACCACAAGGCCCUGUGCUAGCAGGGAAGGUAGCACAAUAUGCCAGUCUGCUGGCAUCUCAGGGGAAUCUAACUGCUGCCAUGAGUUACCUGCCUAGUGACUCAGAGGAGAGUUCAGUGCGCGAAUUGCAAAAUCGCCUUCUGAAUGCUCAGGGACAGACUGUGAAUGGACAGCCAUACGCCUCCAAGGUGUCCAGUAGUUUUCCUUCACCCUCAGCCAAAUCAAGCAAAGCAUCGGAAGGUUUUAUGCACAAAGAGGGAAGUAGACAGGCUCUAUCCCAAUUUCCAGCUAGCAUUGGAAAUCCAUCUCAGCCAUCAGUGCCUUCAGUAUUUACACCUCAGUCAAUGCCCUCAACAAUGGGGCCUCCUUCACCCAUCCAAUUACACUCCGCCCCGGGCCCACCCAGACAUGGAUUUUGGCAGCCUUACCCAGCAUCACAGCCUUACCCAGCAUCACAGCCUUACCCAGCAUCACAGCCUCAACCAGCUGUGCCAGGAUUCGCACCUCCUACGCAAUUUAAACAAAUUCCUCAUGCCGCAGCAUCUAAUUCUCUCCCUCCAUCACCAGCGAUGGGACAUGUACCUCCUCUCUUUAUGAAUGUACCUGGAGUUCCUCCACCUUCUGGACCUAACUUCUAUACUCCAACCUCUGUUCCUUCCUCACAUCCGUCUGCCUCUCAUCCUGCUUCAAGACCAUCUCUAGGGAUGGGCCAGCCUCCAACACCUCCCUCUAUGGCAGCCUCCCAUGCUCCUUUUAACUACUCAAUGGGUAUGGGAUUUCAUCAUGGAGGACCCGGAGCACCGACAAGUCUGCCACCUCCUCCGACAGGUUCUUUUCCAUGGCUGGAGAACCGACAAGAUGCAGCAGCUAGUGAACAGGAAGGUUGGUCUGAUUCCCUCUCAUUGAAAGCUGGUAUGCAGUGGAAAAAGCCAAAUGCUUUGAUUCCUCCAGCUCCCAUUACUGCUCCUGUGAUGAGCCUACCCUCAGAGCCAGAGACCCUCCAGCCUCAUGUGGGCGGCAUUCUGGAUCCCAGCCAGACCCCCCCUGGCGCGCCCAAAGAAGCAAGCAUGCAGAGUUAUCAUCGUAUGCCUUUAGAAAAAAUAGAAAAAAAGGAAUUGCUUGCAGAGCAUCAACCACUACAGAGAACCUUCAAUGGUCUUGUGCAGCGCUGCUCUGCAGUGGCAUCUGACCCAAAAACUAAAAGGAAGUUGGAGGAUGCAUUGCAGAAGUUGGAGUGUUUGUAUGAUAAGCUGAGGGAGAACACUCUAUCCCCGCACAUCCUGGCCGGGCUACAUGAAAUUGCCUAUUGCGUGGAGAGUCGGAAUUAUCAGCAGGGUCUUCUUGUGCACACACAAGUGGUCAGCAGCAGUAACUUCAGUGAAGUCUCCGGUUUCAUGCCCAUCUUGAAAAUGCUUAUGACUAUCGCCAGCAAGUUGGGUGUGUAGCAUCAGCCAAUCUUGCGGACAUUUGAGGUGUGCACAUGUAAUCUGUCCACAUUGCAACGUUUUUGAGUUUUGUUUUUUUUUACUAUAUGAUGGUGAUAGUUUGUGCUCCACUGUCACAGCUUUCUCAGUUUAACUGAGUGAUUUAACAUAUACAUAUUCAUUCAUAUAUAAGCAGUGCAAUAUAUUCUUCUUAAACAUUACUAUUACUGAAAAGUUUAACACAGAAAUAGCAGGCAGCCAUCUUAAAUUUUUUAUGCAAUUUUACAAAUUUGCAACUACAUAUACUUGUGUUUUUUGAAGGUUUAGUAUGAGGUCCAGAGGUGUGACAUACAGUAAAUGUCAGUAGUUAAGGAUGGUCCCACGGUUUCUGUAUUUAAAGGGCUUUGUUAGAUGAAGUGUGAUCAGUACAUAACUGCAUACCGAGCAUGUGUGUGUCCUACUGUCUCAUGAACCAUACUAGACUGUACAUCACUGGAAUCCAUUUGGAUUUGCAUUCCCUUGCACAGUUCGGCUGGCUGCAGAAGACAAUCUGGAUUACCUAUUAUUUCUGUAUAUUCCCAACUUUACACCAAUCAUUAUUAAAAACAUUUUGAGAAUUGGAUUACUUACUGAAUGCUUGGUUGUCCCAUACUAUUUAUGCAGCAGGGUUUUUGUUUGCUCGAUUUAUAUCUAUUUUUGUUGUUACUGUGGCUAAAUCUUGUUUUAAUGACUAUUGUUAAAAGUCCAGGACCUAUUUAUUACUGUGUAAAGAUGAGAAAAUGCUGUGUCGUGGCAAUAACAUUGACUCUGGGGUAUUAACUCCUCUUCAAAUAAUCUCAUCUAAAGUUUGGACCAGCAUAGAUGACCAACAACUUAAACCUCAGUCUUUUUCAAUAGCAUGUGGUCUGUUCUUUUAAGUUAUUGCGUUAUUUUACAUAUGUUUAUGAAAGCACAAUAUUCUAAAUAAACGUUCAACAUGGCUUAUCACUGGAUUGGAUGCUGAAGGGAAUAACAGGAUUGCAUUGGUUAGAGCAAAGCAACAGAUGUCUCAGUUACUCUGAAGUCCGUUCAGUAAAUCUUUAUGCAGAUGAGACCUAGAUAUCUUGCUGCAGAUAUUGAAUUUACUUAUGGCAAGUAUUUCUUAUCAUUGGUCCAAAUAUUAAACAUCAUAGCAGCUCCUAAUGCUUUGAGUGUUAGGCCGGUGUCCUAUUAGGUACGAUCCUUUUUCAGCCUCAUAGCGCGAUUUUUCAUUAUCAAACUAUCCAAUUAUUGGCCAUUUUUCUAGGCCGGAAAAAUAGCCCGCGAUCAUCAUCACGUCUCAGAUGGCUACUUAUCAAAGAUUAAGCUCAGGCACCUGAAGCAUAAUCCCUGAUAAGUGCAGCGUAUCGGGGCUUAUUGGAUAGCCCCAGCCGAAUCCAUUAGCUGCUGUAAAUUACCAUAGCUAAUUUGCUACAGACCUUAAUGUAAUACUUGCAUUACCUAAUAUAAAACAUUAGAAAGUUUUGGUGAGAUUACAUGUUCUGGAAAUGAAGGUCAUCUUUCUGGGUCAUUUCCUUAUUAUACCUUAUUUUAUCAACAUCUCUCCCUGUUAUUAAAACUUGAUCUUGUGUUCAGCUGAAUGAUGUAAUUGAAAAAUAAGUUAGAAAUUCUGUAACUGAGUAUUGUCCCAGAGUGUAAUGGUUCAGGUUUCCAUGCAAGGCCCAUCAUCAUGGACCCCCCAGAUCUGUCAUGCAAGGACUUUCUCAACCUUUAUCUCCAUUCAACUACCCUCCUAUUCCCUUUUCUUGGUCAUUCUUCAAUUGUAUGUUGUCACUAUACAUGGAUGUACCUGAUUCCACAUCUACAUCAAGGAAUGUUCUCAUCCUCUCUCUGUUCUAGGUAAUUUGCUUUUAUCCUAUACUCUACUCACUGACUUCCUUUAUUAAUCAUAUCUCCACGGCUAAAGACUUUUCUAUCCCAUUUUACUCCUAAAGACAUUCAUGCUUUUGUUUACCAAGCCAGUGACUAUGAUGCAUAGCUCUCUGCCUUCAAUUGACAUUAAAUUGAUCUCACGAUUUGUGGGUGCCAUCAUUUUAUACUAACGUGUCCUUGUCUCUGGGCAGUGGAAAUGGUGUUUGUUUUAAAAUCAUAUUACUAACAAGAAUCCAUAAUAAUAUAGUGCAGACCCAUUUGCAGCUAACUGUUAAAGCCAUGUCAAAUGCACUUUUAUUUUGCUUUAUAGUCUGCAAAUGAAAUAAAAGCACAUAUUUUAUAGGCUGUGUACAUGCUUCUGGGUAGGUUAAUAUAUAACUGACAAUCUUAACAAGAACUACAUGUGUCCUUUUAAUUUGCACCCUUCUGCUGGUGAAGUGAUUAAGUGAUUCUUGCCUUAUAGUUAAUGUAAAACACCUUGCGGGACCUUCUAACAUGUCCAUAAGUAGAAAAGAAAUAACAUUCUCACUAUAGAUCCUCUUUAAACCAGGAAACUUCUGGAAACCCUACAAGUUAUUCCUGGGCUACCAAAGGUUCCUCAAACAUCUAGACAAAUGUGAGAUACAAGUAGCUUUAUGUUUGUUAAACAUUACGUGGUCAUCUAUAGAAAUAAUAUAUCCUCCCUUUAGCACUUCGAUUGCAAUCUAAAUGUAAAUAACUUUUAGUAUAAGUAUCGGUGCUAUGUGCCGGGAAUUGGAGUCUUGAAAUGUUAAAAAAAAAAUUCCCCCCAAUUAGUGUUAAGUGCCUCAAUUGUGAACCUCUUAAUACAUCAUGCUAUUUUUUGGGCAAGUGUAUGUGUUUUGAUUAUAAACAUGGUGUAUUUUCAUUCAAUAAAAUAAAGUUGCCUUGCA